UUAUGAACGUAUGUAUAUAUUCAUGUGGGCGUCACUGCAUAUCUUGUCAAGGACAUCCCGCCAAGUUUUCAUUGCCCUAGCUGCGAUUUCGGCAGCUAUCUAGAGCUGAGUAUGCCUCAUAUCAGUACGAAAGCCUUGUAGGGGUGUCAGGAAGCCACCCGAGGCUCGCCAGGAGCACCAGGCCAGGUGCACCUGUGCCAGUGGGUAAGCAGCCCCGCCGGGCUGGCCCCUCGCCUUGGCGCGCAGCUGCAAGGCGGGGCCUUAGGUAGCGGCGGUGCUGGAACUCAGCUCUUCCUUACAAGGAAGCUGCAUAGAACAUGUCACGGCGUCAGGAAGAGGUCGCUGCGGCGCUUGGCCCUGGGGGCGCGUCAGAGCCUACGGUGGCGGGCGGUGCAGCGCCGGCCAAGCCCAAGCCCGCCACGCCGGCGAUCAUCCGCAAGCUCGACGAGAAUGUGGUCAACAAGAUCGCUGCUGGCGAAGUAAUCCAGCGGCCCGCGUCGGCGCUGAAGGAGAUGCUGGAGAACUCGUUGGACGCGGGCAGCACGCAGAUCAGCGUCACUGUGAAGGACGGCGGCAACAAGCUGCUGCAGAUUACAGACAACGGCAGCGGCAUUCGGAAAGAGGACCUCGCCAUUCUCUGCCACCGCCACACCACCUCCAAGCUAUCCCAGUUUGAGGACCUGGAGACCAUCUCCACGCUGGGAUUCCGCGGCGAGGCGCUGUGCUCCAUCUCCUUCGUCAGCCACAUGGCCGUCACCACCAUGGCGCGAGACGCGCAGUACGGCUUCCGGGUCACCUACAAGGAUAGUGCGAUGGAGGCUCCCGGCCCCAAGCCGGUGGCGGCGGUGCCCGGCACCACCAUCACCGUAGAGGACCUCUUCUACAACGUGCCCACACGCCGCAAGGCGCUCAAGUCGGCCAGUGAGGAGUACGGGCUCAUCUUGGACACGCUUGGCCGAUACGCCGUCUACUCCGCCCCCGGCGUCGGCUUCAGCUGCCGCCGCCACGGCGACGGCCGGCCCGACAUCUCCACGACCGCCGCCGGCUCGCGGCUGGACGCGGUACGGGCGGUGUACGGCGCUGACGUGGCUCGGGAGCUGCUGCCGCUGGCGCUGGCGGCGGGCGGCGGCACGGGGCCGGAGGUGCCGGUGGAGGGGCCGCUGGGCAUCAAGCUGGAGGGCCUCAUCUCCGGCGCCAACUAUGGCAGCGGCAAGAAGACGGUGUUGGUGCUGUUCAUCAACGGCCGCUGCGUGGAGUGCGCGCCGCUGCGGAGGGCGCUGGAGGGCGUGUAUGCCGCGCUGCUGCCCAAGGCCUCCAAGCCCUGGCUGUUCCUGGACCUGCGGCUGCCGCCCCGCCAGGUUGAGGUGAACAUGCACCCCACCAAGAGGGAGGUGGGCUUCAUGCACCAGGCAGAGGUGAUCGAGGUCAUCCGCGGCGCGGUGGAGGCGAAGCUGCUCGCCUCCAACGACUCGCGCACCUUCGCCACCGGCGCUACAGCCACGCUGCAGACCGUGCUGCCGUUCGCCUCGCUGCCGCCGCCGGCGCACGAACAGCUGCUGCAGUCGCAGCUGCAGGGCGGCAGCCAGGGCGACGGUUUCAGCGGCUCGCAGGAUGCUGCUGCGGGCGGCGGCGGCUACGCAGCGGACGGGGAGGAGGAAGACGGGGAGCGUGAUGAAGACGAGGCGGCGGAGGAGGCUGGGCAGGCGCAGCCGAAGGCGCGGCGGGCGGCGGUGGCGGCGGCAGCGCCUUCCGCCGUGGGCGUCAAGCGCCCGGGAGGUGCGGGCGGUGGUAAUGGCGCCGGGCAGGCACCGGUGCCGUACCGGCCCGAGAAGCUUGUGCGUGUGGACUACAGGGCCGGCACGCUGGACACGUUUGUGGUGCGAAGCGCCCCGGCACGUGAUGCAGGUGCAGCAGGAGCCACCCCGGCAGGCGACGUGCCCUCCACCUCGGGGGCAGCUGGGGACGGCGACGAGGGGGGCGCGGGCGGCAGCGACGCAGCAGCGGCGGCAACCGCUGCGGCGCGCUCGGCGGCUGCGGGCGGCAAUGUGUCUCGCAAGCGCGGCGGACGGCCAGGGCAGGGUGGUGUGGACGUGUUGCAGGGGCCGCUGCUGCACGAUAGCGGCGGGCGCGGAGGCGGGAAGGGUCCGCCUCCGGGGCUGGUCACGGCGGACGUGCUGGGGAUUGGCCCCUACGCUGCCGGCACACAGGCGGUGGUUGAGGAUGAGGAGCCGGGGACGCGGGACGCGCCGGGCGCGGCAUCAGGGGAUCUAGCCGCGGCAGCGGCCGCCGCGCGCGCUCUGCGCCGUACCCCGCCGGCGGCGGUGACGCGGGACGCAGCGGUGCUGUCGUUGUUGGCGGAGGCGGAGGCGGACUGCCAUGGCAGCCUGGCAGACUUGCUGCGGGAACACACCUUCGUGGGCAUUGCUGACGGCAGCCUGGCGCUGCUGCAGCACGGCACGCGGCUGUACCUGGUGGACGUGGGCGCACUCAGCGCCGACCUGUUCUACCAGCUGGCGCUCAGGAGGUGGGAGCAGCCGCUGCGGCUGGCGCUGGAGCCGCCGCCGCUGGUGUCUGAGCUGGUGGACCUGGGGCUGCAGCUGCUGGAGGUGCAGGGCGAAUGGCAGCCCGAGGACGGAUCGCCCGAGGAGCUGGGGGCGCUGGUGACGGAGCUGCUGCAGCAGAACCGCCCCGAGCUGGAGCGGGAGAUUGGGCUGGUGGUGGACGAGCAGGGCCGGCUGGCGUCCGUGCCGCUGCUGCUGGAGGGUCUGCUGCCGGAGCCCUCCCGCCUGGCGGACCUGGUGGUGGCGCUGGCCAAGGACGUGGACUGGGACAGCCCGCGGGAGCGCGCGCUGGCGCUGGCGCGGGCGCUGGCGAACAUGUAUGCGGCGCGGCCGCCGCUGCCCCAGGGAGGUGGGGCGCCAGGGCCCAGCGGGAGUGGCAGCGGCAGCCAGGAGGAAGCGGCAGGGGCAGCGGCAGGGGCAGCGGACGCAGCCGGCGGCGUGGCCGCGACGGACUUGCAGCAGGGCGCUCGGGCGAAUGACGCCGGCUUGCGACGAGACGGCGGCGCGACGGACCCUGUAGGGAAACCCCCCGUCGGAGCCACGUCACCUGGAGGCACGGGCACAGCUGCUGCCAGUGAAACAACCGGCGCGGCGGCAACCAGCAGUCUCUCCCCCGACAGCAACGACCCCCGUGCGGCUGCUUACGAGUUUGUUGUCAAGAACGUGGUGCUCACGGCCAUGCGGGGCUGCCUGCGGCCGCCGCGGCGGCGCGCCACGGACGGCAGCGUAGUGCAGGUGGCGGCGCUGGAGCGGCUGUAUCGCAUCUUCGAGCGCUGCUAGCAAUAUGCAACGUGGCAGUGCGCCAGAGGGCUGCUGGCUCCCCGCAGGCGUGCGUAGGGACACUGGCUGAGACGGUGCGUUUGGCUGGAGUAACGGUUGCGCUUUGGCUCGGGGAUGAUGAGCGGAUGCAUUUUGGCUGUCGUCUUUGUGGAUUACCAGCGGCAGGCAUGAAUCGUUGGACGAGUUGGCU